AUGUCUGAACCAGAAAAGACGGAUUCAGUUGAGACCGUGAAAAACACCAUCAAGUCUACGCAAUUGACGACUGAACACGCAAAAAAACUAACGCAGGUCGUCAAUUCCAUUCCGACAAUCUUGCUGAAGCUCGACAACAGCGAAUACGACGAGAUCUUUGGGCAUAGAAUCAAUGUAGACUCUAAGAAAUUCGUAGACGUAGCCGUGAGAAAUGAGAUCUUGCUCAAGUUCUUAGCAGCUGACGAGUACGACGUCGAGCUUGCGACUAAGAGACUUAUUGAUACGUUGAAUUGGAGAAACAAGUUCCAUCCGUUAAGCGCGGCCUUUGAUGAGAACUUUAACAAGGCAUUGAACGAUUUGGGCGCUAUCACCAACUUUGUAGGGCUCAAGUCCGACAAUUUGAAUGUAGUAACCUGGAACUUUUACGGUGCUACGACUCCCAAGAAGUUAUUUGAAGAGUACGGGGAUAAUGCUGGAACUACAACGAACCAAAGACCAGGUUCUCAGUUCCUCAGAUGGAGAAUCGGGUUGAUGGAAAAAUCGCUCCAGCUAGUAGACUUCACCGACCCCAAGAACAACAAAAUUGCCCAGGUCCAUGACUACAACAACGUGUCGAUGUUCAAAGUAGACAAAGGCAUGAGGGCUGCUACGAAAGAAAUUAUCAAGAUUUUCGGCGAUAACUACCCGGAGUUGUUGUCUACCAAGUUCUUCAUCAACGUGCCGUCACUAAUGAGUUGGGUAUUCACUUUUUUCAAAACCAUCGGGGUCAUCAGUGAAGCCACAUUGAAGAAGUUCCAAGUGUUGAACUCUGGUAACUUGACUGAAUGGUUUGGGAAAUCCAAUUUGCCUCCAACUUAUGGUGGAGAUAGCAAGAGUCUGAUGAAGGAAUUGAACGUGGCAUCUAUCAAGUUGAGUCCCUAUGGAGAAUAUAUUUUAGAGGAGUUGGGCAAGAAAGAGAUCGAAGAUGUUAUCGACGAGGUCGAGUAG